AUGACGGAAUCACUUCUGCUAUACUCCGGCCAUGAUGGAGAAAAUGCCCCACAUACACAAGGAAUUGCAUUGAUGCUGUUCAAACCAGCACAAAAUGCACUUAUAGGAUGGGAAUCUCAUGAACCAAGGAUCAUCAAAGCCUCAUUCAAAACAAAGAAAGAGGGCAUUACAAUGAACGUCAUCCAAUCCCAUGUGCCUAGCAACGACUACAAUGAAGACGUUAAAGAUCAAUUCUACAAUAGGCUCCAGUCAAUCGUCGAGAAGUGCUCAAGAAAGGACCUGACCAUUCUGAUGGCAGAUUUCAAAAGGAACGAAAAUGGUGAGAGAUUUGCAAACCUAUUUGCCUUCAAUAAACUGGUCAUAGGCGGAACUAUAUUCCCACAUAAGCGCAUUCACAAAAUCACAUGGACUUCACCGGAUCACAUCACGCACAACCAAAUCGACCAUAUCUGCAUCAACAAAAAUUUCAGGAGGACUACAGAGGACGUGAGAACCAAGAGAGGAGCUGACAUAGCCUCAGAUCAUCACUUGCUGGUCGCCAAGAUGAAAUUGAAACUCAAGAAGUACUGGACAAUGGGGCGGACAAUAUCACAAAAGUUCAAUACGACCUUUCUUCAGGAUACUAACAAACUCAACAAAUUCAAGAUAGACCUCAGCAACAAGUUCCAGGCCUUUCAUAAUCUACUCAACGGAGAAGGAACUACUGUGGAGAGCAACUGGAAGGGGAUCAAAGAGGCAAUCACUUCAACAUGUCAUGAGGUUCUGGGCCACAAGAAGCACCAUCACAAGGAAUGGAUCACUGUUGAUACACUGGAUAAGAUUCAAGAAAGGAGGAACAAGAAGGCAGCAAUCAAUACCAGUCGAACAAGAGCAGAGAAAGGCAAGGGACAAGCUGAAUACACAGAAGUAAACAAACAGAUGAAGAGGAGUAUCAGAACAGACAAACGUAAAUAUGUGGAAGAUUUAGCAACGACGGCGGAAAAGGCUGCAAGAGAAGGAAACAUGAGACAAUUGUAUGGCACAACAAAGAAACUCGCUGGGAAUCGCAGCGAACCAGAACGACCAGUGAAAAGCAAGGAAGGCGAAGUAAUCACCAACACUGAUGAACAACAAAACAGGUGGGUCGAACACUUCAAAGGACCCUUGAAUCAACCAGCCCCAUUGAACCCACCCAACAUCGAAGUAACAUCCACGGACCACCCAAUCGAUGUUGGCCCACCAACAAUUGGAGAGAUCAGCAUGGCCAUUAGGCAAAUCAAGAGCAGCAAAACAGCUGGACCAGACAACAUUCCAGAAGAAGCAAUGCUUUAA